CCCCGGCGGCUGGCAAUGAACUGUUGACAUUUCCUGGAGCAGUGUGGACCCUGCCUGUACAGGAUGGACCCUGUUGUUUUGAGUUACAUGGACAGCUUGCUGAGACAGUCAGAUGUUGCAUUGCUGGAUCCCCCAAGCUGGCUUAACGACCAUAUCAUUGGGUUUGCCUUUGAGUACUUUGCCAGCAGCCAGUUCCAGGACUUCUCUGAUCAAGUGUGCUUUAUUGGCCCCGAAGUGGCUCAGUUUAUCAAGUGCACCACCAGUCAAGAGGAAUUAGCCAUGUUCCUUGAGCCCCUGGACCUUUCCCACAAAAAGGUGGUGUUCCUGGCUAUCAAUGAUAACUCCAGUCAGGCUGCUGGUGGAACCCAUUGGAGCUUAUUGGGGUACUUCAGGGACAGAAACUGCUUUGCCCACUAUGACUCCCAUAGUAAGAGCAACUCGGUCCAUGCCAAGCAGGUGGCAGGGAAGCUGGAGGCUUUUCUGGGCAAAAGAGGAGGCAAAGCAGCUUUCAUAGAGGAGAAGGCCCCCGCCCAGCAGAAUAGCUAUGACUGUGGGAUGUAUGUGAUCUGUAACACAGAGGCUUUAUGUCAGGGAUACUUUAGGGGACAGCAGGAGCCGGUGCUGCAGCUCCUCACUCCCUCUUACAUCACACAGAAGAGAGCAGAGUGGAAAGCUCUCAUUGCCAAACUUGCACAAAAGUGACUUAGAUUUAAUUGCUCUCACCCCACCAACUGCCCUGCCUGUCCUCUAGCUUUCACCCCUGGUGCCUGAGAGAUGCCCCUGCUCAGGAUCUCUCUAAAGAACAUCAACUCUUCCCUUAUUUCCAGCAUGGCUACCCCCUGCACUGUACUGGUAUAAAAGCCUUGGCCUCUUCUAAAACACACUGGCCCUUGAGUCUGGCACGAUCACUUUGUGUUGAAUGGAACCUUGUUAGCAAAGGCAAUUUGCUGUGCUUAAAGUCAUUUCUUGCUAUAUUAGAAUAGGUUAUAAAAGUUUCUUCCCUCAUACUUGGCAAGCAGCCUGCCCUUACAGUACAAUACUAGCUUUCAUUAGCCCUUCACUGAUCCCAACAAACACUUUGGGCUUAAUUUUAAGAACAAAGUAGAGGUGUUUGUUUAAGUGUAAUUGUGGCUACUACAGGUUAUAGGAUUUAGUGGACUAGUGAUACUUUUGUGCCUGAAAGUGUAGUAGUAGGAAAUCUAUGAUCUGAGGGUACAAAUUACACUUACAGAAAUCCAGAGGUAAAAUUGAAGUCCAUGUAGAAGUCUGUCAGAAAGUAAAGGACAAUGAUUUUUGGCUUUUACUGCUUUUUGGGAUGGGUCAGAUUAGCUUGCUCCCCCCCACCUGUUUGAUUUACCUUAGAAAUUCACACUGUGCCUAUGUUGGCUGAUUCUGAACCACUGGAAAGUUAGGAGGAAGUGAUAAUACUAAGGAAGCAAGGCCCUUCUUGUGCAUCAAAAAGCAGAAGUGGUCCUCAAUUUUAAGCAAGGACCGAUGUUUCAGAGAGGUUGAGAACAGUAAGAGCUUCAGCACCUUGGAGAAUCAAGCUUGGUCCUUUAUAGACCCAAUUUCAUGAAACAUAAUUGGUUCUUCCAACACAGAAAAGCUUUUGCUCUCACACUGGAUUAUAUCUGAGAUCUACUCUUCUGGAUUCCAUGAACAGAUGAAGGGGAUGUUAGGGGGGAAAGAGCAAAAGGCAUCAUUGCUUAAUUAAAAAAAAGAAAUAAGCAAGGUUUGCAGGAUUCGGUGGAGAUAAUGGGUCAUGAUGAUGCUUUGUAACAUAAAUCAAUAGAGCAACACAGAUCAACACCAAGUAAGGAUCUGGCCUUUGAAAUCGCCCUAAGUGUCUGGUCAGCUGAAUAAAAGGGAAGGGAGAGGAAAAGAAUUAGAAAUCCAAGUAAUACAGCAACCUAUGGGACACUUUCAGGGCUGACAGUAGCUCCUGGAGUGAGGAAUAUCCCCUGGCGCUCUUUUUU